GGACCCCGAUUUUCUAAAAUCCAUUCUCCCCUUAUCCGAUGAGCUUAAUGAAGUCCUAAAGGACAUCUUCAACCUUGAUCCGGAAAAACGAAUCUCACUCGAGGAGCUCCGAGAACGUAUCCUGGCAUGUCACAGUUUUACCGUGUCGGAAUACGACACCUAUUACAAGCCUUCCUCAAAGGUUGUCGAUCCUUAUCACCAACAACAGCAUGUGGAGAUCGAUGUCUGUGAAGAAUUUACCGCAACUGCUCCGCAAAAACAUCUCAAUCGCUCAUCCACGAAUUCUUCGGCCACCGCUUGUUCGUGGUAUUCGAUGAAUUCCGAGAUGGACUUUUCCAUACCACCUUCCGAAUUCUUGGAUGAUUAUGAUCGUUGCUCGACCUCGACCGGUUCUUCUUCGUCUCUGUCAACACUAGCAACCAGCCAGCCCGAUCUACUCAAGUGCAUUGAUCCGGCCAUACGUCAUCACCUCUUACCCAUAUGGGUUAUUCUCGCCGAGGAAAAGCUUACACCGAGAAAGGUUUUAUGCUCGGACCUCUUGUUCAAUGUUCCGAUAAAGAAGGAAUACCGAAAAAUCCUAUCGAAAGAAGCCCAGGCACCCGAUCUUUACAAAGAGGCACACGCGGAAAAAGGAGAGUAUGACGACUUAGAAGCCAUUAAUAGCGAAGUUUCCUUUAUAGGAAAGGUGAAAGGAGAGGAGGACGAUGAAAAAAAAAAAAAAGCCACAAAACAGAUGAAGUUUAAGCCGAAUCCUUUCCAUAAGGUUCUAAAAGAACGGGAGCGCGCAAAACGCGACAAUCAGACCAAGACGGAGGCAAGUUUCAUGAAAAUGAUAUUUACGGAAUCGCUUUCUUG